GUUUGUCAGUCUAGAUUCUAAGAAGCUCACACCGGACGAGUCUGAGCUUUUUCUUUUUUGUUUUGGUGCUGCGAAUACAAAUAAAGGGGCAACACCCAGUGUGCGUGCGUGCCUUUGCUGCUGCUCCGUUGUCGGAUCAAUCUGACUCUGCACGCUGUCGUCGGGCCCAGACCGACUUUACAUACCACUUCCACCUCCCAACGCUGACAUCACUUGGGGAUCUUGCACGGCAGUAGGGACGCUGGAAGUCUUUACUCUAGUCGAGAGCACUAUAAGCUUUUCUACGUCGAUACAAAUACAAAAUGUGUCGCUUUUUAGUAUACAAAGGGCGCCAUGAGAUUCGUCUCAGCAAGCUGGUCACAGAACCCAGUCACUCCAUCCUGACCCAGUCGUACGAUUCGCGUCUCAGACUGGACACCCGCCGCCCCGUAAACGGCGACGGCUUCGGGGUGGGUUUCUACACGGACCCGAAACUCGGGCCCGACCCAUGCAUCUUCACCUCGACGCUCCCCGCGUGGAACUGCGAGAACCUGGAGCGGCUGGCGUCAAAGACAUGCUCGAACCUAAUCUUCGCGCACGUGCGGGCGACGACGGAGGGGACGCUGUCGGACACGAACUGCCACCCGUUCCAGCACCGCACGCUGAUGUGGAUGCACAACGGCAACGUGGGCGGGUGGCACUACAUCAAGCGGGCGCUGGCCGACUCGCUGGCCGACAAGUGGUACCUGGGGGUGAAGGGCGGCACGGACAGCGAGUGGGCGUUCGCGCUGUUUCUCGAUCUCCUCGAGAAAGAAGGCGUCGAUCCCAGCGCCGACCCCGGCCCGGAGGGGUUCGGCCCCGCGCUGCUGCGCCGCGUGAUGGUCAAGACCAUCGCGCAGAUUAAUGCGUUCAUCAAAGACAUUCCCCGCCGGCAUGGCGGUGCUGUUGGGGAAGUCGAGACGCGCAGUUUGCUGAAUUUCGCCGUCACUGAUGGCCAUACCGUCAUCUGCACCCGGUAUAUCAGUAGUAAGACGGAUGAGCCGGCCAGUCUGUAUUUCUCGUCGGGCACCAAGUGGACCGAGGGCAAGGGGCAGGGCCAUUUCAAGAUGGAGCGGCAUGACAAGGGGGCGGAUAUUGUGCUGGUCGCGAGUGAGCCGAUUACGUUUGAGAGGCACAACUGGGUCUCCGUGCCCGCCAAUUCCAUCGUCACCAUCCACAAGCAGACCGUCAUGCUGCACCCCAUCAUGGACGAGUUCUACGUCGAGGACUCCAACCAGGAUCGCUCCUCCUGCUUCGCCGUCUCCAAGGGCCUGGUGAGCACCGCCCCGGGCACCACCGUGCAACCACAGAACGACGCCAAGGCGCCCGCCUUCGACAUGACGCCUGCGAAUCAGUGCGCCGUGUCGCAUUGAGGGUGAGGUUUUGGACUUUCCGGGUUGUUUUUUUUUUUUUUUUUUUUU